AUGUCAGACUUGUAUUUUAACUUGCGAAUGGCAAGCAAACAAUUCGAACGACAAAGUAAAAAGAGUGAAAAAGAACAAGCAAAACAACGAUUAAAAGUCAAACAAGCUCUCGAAAAGGGAAAUGUAGAAGCUGCUCGUAUUCAUGCUUCCAAUGCAAUUCGGUUAGGAAAUGAAGCAAAUAAUUUUCUUCGUUUAUCAUCUCGUCUAGAUGCUGCAGCAAGUAGAGUGAAACAAGCAGAUAUGAUGAAUACAGUAGCCAAAACAUUAGGAACUGUUGUAAAAGGUCUCGAUAAGGCUCUUGAAACUUUGGAUACUGAAAAAAUUGGUACAAUUAUGGAUAAAUUUGAACAACAAGUGGGUGAUGUGGAUGUAACUGUUCAAUACAUGGAAUCAAGUAUGAAUGCAGUAACAAGUACCAAUACACCAGAGGAUGAAGUCAAUUCUCUCAUGGCACAAGUCAUUGAUGAAAAUAACAUGGAUCUCGAUCAAACACUUUCACUUGCUAAGGUUGGAAAGGACGCUAUUAGUGAAAUUCAAGCAGAAUCUCUUAAAAAAGAAGUUGAAAAACAACGAGAGAAAAAGAAAGCAAUACUUUUGUAA